GACCGGGAGAGCGCAGAGCACAGGAGCGCGCACUUCCACAGAGAACAAGUGUUCGUUUUGCUGUUGACACACCGAACUGAAGCACAGCUGUGCUCCCUAAUCUGAUACAUUUGAUAACCUUUGGGAAAAGGGACUCAGGUCAUCCAGAUGAAAGCCCUCAUCUCUGCAGCUGUUGGAGCAGUGCUUCUCUUGCCCACUUUUUGUCAAAGCGGUAUGGAAAACGGUGCAGACAACUUGGGGGAGUCAACCUUACCUAUCAAGACCUUCCGUGGUGCUCCUCCAAAUUCUUUUGAGGAGUUCCCCCUUUCUGCCAUAGAAGGCUGGACAGGUGCCCCCACAACUGUAAAAAUUAAGUGCCCUGAAGAACGGGUUUCAGUUCUCCAUGUGAAUAAUGCUACCGUGGGGUACCUGAGCAGCUCCAUAAGUACCAAACUCAUCCCCACCGUCUACAUCCUGGUGUUUGUAGUAGGCGUGCCAGCCAAUGCGGCGACCCUGUGGAUGCUCUUCUUCAGGACCAGAUCUGCCUGCACGACCAUCUUCUACACUAACCUGGCCAUUGCAGAUUUUCUUUUUUGUGUCACAUUGCCCUUCAAGAUAGCUUACCACCUCAAUGGGAACAACUGGGUAUUUGGAGAGGGCCUGUGCCGGGCCACCACAGUUGUCUUCUACGGCAACAUGUACUGCUCCAUUCUGCUCCUUGCUUGCAUCAGCAUCAGCCGCUACCUAGCCAUUGUCCAUCCCUUCAUUUACCGGGGGCUGCCCCAGCGCACCUAUGCCUUGCUGACAUGUGGACUGGUGUGGGCAACCGUUUUCUUAUAUAUGUUGCCCUUCUUCCUCCUGAAACAGGAGUAUUACCUCGUCCAUCAGGACAUCACCACCUGCCAUGAUGUCCACAACAUAUGUGAGUCCUCCUCACCCUUCCAGCUCUACUACUUCAUCUCCUUGGCGUUCUUUGGAUUCUUAGUUCCAUUUGUGGUCAUUGUUUACUGCUAUUCAGCCAUCAUCCGUACGCUGAAUGCAUACGACCACCGAUGGCUGUGGUACGUGAAGGCGAGUCUCCUCAUUCUUGUGAUUUUCACUAUUUGCUUUGCUCCAAGCAAUAUCAUACUUAUCAUUCACCAUGCUAACUACUACCACCACACCACUGAUGGCUUAUACUUCAUCUACCUCACAGCCUUGUGCCUCGGCAGCCUGAAUAGUUGCUUAGAUCCAUUUUUAUAUUUUCUCAUGUCAAAAAUCACAGAUCAAUCCACUGCUUACCUGACAAUGGUGAAAUCACCUUAGAGAACAAGGAAAGCUAUCUGUGAAAAUAUCCAUUCUUGGGAUAACUUAUGUAUCGUUCAAGGAGCUCUAUUCUCUAGCUCUCAAGAAACAGUGCUUCAAAAUGAAACACUACAAACAACACUAUCUUUUUUAAAAAAGAAAAACAACUCUAUGUCAGUGUUUUACGAAUGUCGAUGUGGGAGAAAAGGUAACACCACUCUUUUUAUGGCAACUGACACAUUUGGGUGCCAGGUGCUUGGAGGCCCUUACACCUCCAUGUCCCCCAUCGCUCUGAGGCUUCCACUCCAGGCGACCCGGGGAGGAGGGCAGACCAGGGAGCAAGGGUGCAGCCUGAGAAGCUAAGGUCUCAGUGUUUAGUAUCUGGUGUCAUUUUUUUAUUCUUCUGCUCCCUCAGCUCUUCGCUGAUGGCUGUCUCAUCAGCUGACUGUCUCUCUGUAACAUCUCUCCCUGGGGGUCCAUUAUCCCAGCCCCACCUCUGCAUUCUAACCACUCUCUCUGCUGUCAGCCUAUCUCUGUUUCACUGCCCACUGCCAGACUAAUCUUCCUCAAAUAUUAGUUUGAUACACCACUCAAAACCCCCAGCUCAAAACCUCCCUGAACUCUCCACUAUUUUGGGAUACCUUAGAAAUCUCCCACUUGGCAGUCAGAGCUAACUUUCUUACUUGACUUCCCAAUAAGCCUCGUCUGCAGUGUAGGCACCAGCCAAGCCUCUUGCUUUGCUGUGAUCUUGAUUUUUCCUCUCUCUGUCCCUGUCUCUUAUUGGAAAGCCAUUUUUAACAUGUUUGCCUUCUUUCCAUUUCUUGAAGUCCUCCAAGGACCAUUCUUCCCUAAUUCUCAAGCUACAAGUUCUUUUUUCUCAUCGGAACUUUCAAAGCACUUUCCUGUAUUUUUGUUACAGUGCCUAUAUAUAGUUCAUUUAUAUACAAAUAUUAAUUCCACACUUACUAAGCACCAUGUCUAGCAGAGAUGGGGGCUCACCCUCUUGCUUCUUUAGCUUCUUAUAACACCUGCAGGCCCAAGUCUUCCCGGGGUCUGUGGGGCCCAGUUCCAUGCCUUGCGCAGCACAUGGCUGAAUGAAAGAACUACACGACCCCAAAGCAGCUCCACGGUGUAAAGCCCAUUAUAUUCCUACUGGGGAGGCAAGGUGUUCUGUGUGACAUGGGGUCACAUCAGGUUUGGUAGGGCAUGCAAAAAAAAAAAUAAUAAGGAAACUAAACUAAGAAUAUAUGCAUGAGGUCAUUUACAAGUUUAAAACAGAUCCAUUAUUUUUGGUCCUUUUACAUAGUUUUUAAAAGGGAAGUUAAAUUUUGUUGUAAAUGCCCAGUAUAUUCCUGUAGGUAGAUGACUACAUUUCCCUUAGUUUAGGGAUUAGACAGGAGGUGAGAUGUUAGCGAUUAAGGGCAGGAAGGAUUGCUGAGAAGGAUUUUCAAGUCUGUAGAAAUGUGAAUUAAUCAUAUACUUUGUAGUGACCAUCGAAACAAUAAAAAAAAUUGUUA